GCCUACGCUCUUCUCCUCGUCCCCAUUCCCGAUCGACGACCACGCUGCGCUGAGCACGCCGCACUCCUCGCCGCCCGCCCCACAGCAGUCCGACCUGCUCUCUUCUCAUCCCCGACAUUCCGGCCAGUGUUAUCACCCAGCAGUCUCUCGCUCCGUUUCUCUCUCCGCACUCGCACCUUUCUGCUUCGCUGCUUUCUCUUCUCUCCUUCACUUCUGCUUUCACAAGUUGAGUCUUGCAUAUGGCCACCGCUGCGAGACAGUCCAAGCCACCCAGGAAGGGCCCCGACCCUGCAGCCCGUCGGACCAACGCGUGGACCGGCGCGCGCGCAUCCCCGACCUACUCCCCAGCUCCCGCCAACGCACGCCUUCCCAAUGGCAACCAGCAAGGGCCCCCAGGCGCCUUUCCGCCCCUUGCGAACGCGAACGGAGCCCGUCCCCCCGCCCCGACCGCUGAACACAAUCGUGUCCUUGCGCAAAUCUCCGGUCUGACGGGGACGACCGUGACGAUCACGACGAAGAACAACCUGCGCUUUGAGGGUGUCGUCGCCUCGACCACUCCCGAGGGCGACACGACCGGCGUUACUCUCAAGGACGUCAAGGAGGUUAACACCCCCGGCGCGCCCCUCCGAGAGACCCACUUCAUCGCAGCCACCAAUAUCCAGGAAUGGACGUCUGGUCCGGCCGACGCGAAGAUCCCCAACGGUGCUGACACUUUCAAGACUGACACCGACAUCUCAAAGACCGGCGGCCGUCGCGAGCGGGAGUUGCAGGCCUGGCAGCCCGAAUCUGCUGAUGCCAACGGAGCUGCCGCCCCUGGGGCCUCGGGCCCGGCCAACCCGCGCAACGUAGACGAGCUGACGUUCGGCCCUGGGGCGUCGGGUGGCUCGUGGGACCAGUUCGCGGUGAACGAGAAGCUGUUUGGCGUGAAGGCGGGCUUUGACGAGGAUGCAUACACCACGAAGUUGGACAGGAACGCCCCUGACUACAAGGAGAAAGAGAGGAAGGCACAGCAGCUUGCUAAUGAGAUCAUGAACUCCGCUGUCAACAACGUCCACGUCGCCGAAGAGCGUAUCAUGAACCUGACGAACGACGGUUCCGCCGCGAACGAGGAGGACAAGUACGGUGCAGUCGUCCGUGGUGCGAAUGCGUACGUUCCCCCAGGCGCACGCAAACCUGGCAGUGCCACCACCCCUCCUGCUAGGUCGGAGGUCCCGAAGGUGGCUGUCAACGCUCCCGACGGGGCAGCCGUUCCAUCGAGCACAACUGCGUCCACUCCCACCGGGAGCAAAGUGCCUUCUCCCGCGCCGAGCGGGGCUGCUGCAAAGCAGCCCGCCGAUGCGGUUCCGGCCUUCCGGAACUUCGUGUCGACUGAGAAAGACCGGCUUCUGAAGAAGAAGCAGGCGUUGAUGAAGAGCGAGAUGGACAAGCGCCUCUCGGACCUCGUCAACUUCUCCAAGUCGUUCAAGCUCAACAAGCCCAUCCCGGACGACCUCGUCCCGAUCCUCGCCAAGGAUGAGGACAAGCAGCGCGCCAUCAAGGAGAAGUCCACGCGCGACGCCGAGGACACCAAGGCCCGCGCAAUCGGGGUCUCCAAUACCAUCGCCGCCACCCCUGGCGUGCGCCCCGUCCCUGCCCCCGGCAAGGCUGGCGUUGAGACGAGUCGCGCGGCCGCCGCUGCAAAGCCCGCGGGAACGUCCGCGGCAGGCUCGUCCAUGCAGAAGACGUCAACGGCCCCGAGCAAGCCUGGGGAGUCGAAGAAGAUCAGCAUGAUCAUCCAGCCGAUCCCGCCGUUCAAGGGCAAGCGUGCCUCGACGGCCGCGGCCCCCUCGCAGCUGCAGCCCGUCGCGCCCGCUGCGACGAACGGCUCCGCGAAGGCGGCUCCGAGCCCGUUGUCGCCCACUGCGCAGAACAGGCUCAACGUCAAUGCGUCGUCGUUCAGGCCGACCGUGAAGCCGUUCUCUCCUGGUGCAUCCCCCAGCCCAAGCGCGAACGGUGCGACGUCAUCCGCUUCUGCGAAUGGGAAGCAGGCGCAGUCGGAGAACGUCUCACCCCAGGGUCCCCCCAACCCCUUCUUUGGCACGCGUGUGAUCAAGAAGUCGCCCCCGGUGCACGUCAAGGACGACUUCAACCCGUUCAAACACCACAAGGUUAUCGAGGCCGCUCAAGUCGGUGCGUGAUGCAGUCCUUCUCUUCGAUUUCCUCUACCGCAGUGCGUCCAAUACGUAAAGGCGGACAGCUGACGACCGCGCGUGUUCUCUUUGCUGCUUGCUCGGAUAUAUAGCCCCUACGUGGCCGUACAACGGCAAGCGGUACAUGCAGAUGUUCCCUCCUAUCCAAGUUCAACCCCAGCAGCAGUCGCCACCCAUGGCGCCUCCUGGUCCUCCGCCGCCGAUGCCUCCAGCGACGUAUCCGGAGGAAGACCCCGCUGCGCAGGCGGCGCGUGGGGGCUACGUGUAUGCGUACCCGCCUUAUGGCUACCCCGGACAGAUGGUACAGCCUAUGAUGCCUGGAAUGGCCCCGCCACCCCCUGGAUACAUGCCUGGACCCUAUAUGCAACCUAUGCCUUAUCAUAUGCCCCCACCGAAUGCUAUGUACCCCUCGACACCGAUGGGUCAGAUGCCUCCUCCGCAAGCGUAUGGCAUGCCGCCACCUCCCCCGCCUGGCACGUACCCCCCUCCACCAAACGGCGCAGGUCCCCGUCCGUCCAUGCCACCGACCCCGAUCCCCUCGCACGCCCAUCCCUACUACCACCACCAAAGCCCUCAACUGCAGCACGCCAUGCCGUACCCCAUGAUGAUGCCCCCGCCCGGACCCCCGCAUCCAUACGAUCCCAACGGGCAGCCGCCGCCCGUGUCCAUGGGCGGCGUGAGCCACGCAUAGGCCGCUGCUGCCGUUGUCGCUUGCGCGUCGCGCGCGUGACAUGCCAUUGCCGUCGUCCUUCUCCGUCGUCGUCGUCCUUCUGUCGUAGUGCAUCUCAUCGUUUGUCUCUGACUCACUCGCACCCCACAUCAUCUUCGCAUCUCUCAUCCUCCCUCCCUGCCCCCUCCCUUGCAUCCCCCUCCUCUCACUUUCACUCACGUCAUCCCAUACGUCCUGAUACGUAGCCCCUCGUUGCCUCACAUGCUGCCGCUGCUGCGGCCUGCGACCCGUGCAGGUGUCGCGCGCGGAGCCUGCUCGACGCUCUGGAGUCGAGGAAGACCGCACGCUGCCAUGAAUUUGGUUGCGUGCGCUCCUCGGUGUGAGCGGGGCUCGGCCCGUGCGUGUCUGCUCCCGCACGUCCAACUCGCCGUCGCUGUCGCUUGUCCGUCGCCACCCUGUCGGUUCCUCCGAGUCGUCCGUGUCGUUGUCCCGUCGCAUCCUUCUACCGACUGCCCGCCGUAUCUCCUCCCCCCCUGCCCUCAUCCCCUUGGCCGUUCUUCACUGUUGUUUCGGUUUGCGUUGUGUUGUCAGUUGCGAAUUGUUGUGAUGCAUUGUUUCGCAAAAUCACUGUAGCGGCUCUGUACAUACCGCGGGUGAAUCGCGGAUCCUACAGGAUCAUCCUUGGCACGAGUUAGCUGGGACACAGGACGGUGGAUUGGAUCGGGUCGUCAUACGGAUAUCCGCACGUGGUUCUUCAUGGUGUAUGGAAUGCAA